UUUACAAGAAAAUAAAAAAAAAAAAGAAAUGAAAAACUCUGGCGGUAUGGCUUCUUAGUUCAGUCCAACAAGCAGACUUAAGAUUCCAUUGUUGCUUGAUCCCAAACGUUUUUCUCGAGUGCUCAGAAGCUCCUGAAGUUCUUUUAUUCAUACAGAUCAAACGGAGCUCUUGCGAUUGAGCUCUUUGUCGUCGGAUAUAUUGAACUACAGAGUGUUUUUUCAGAGGUUUUCGUUUUGUUGUUGCUGCAAUUCGCCACUAGAAUUGUGGCUUGAAAGUUUUUAACUUUUUCGUUUCUGUCGAUAUUUACUUCCUAUGCGAGAGCAAUGUUCUUGAUUCAAGACAUUUGAAGGUAUUUCAGGGAUGUGAGAAUUGAUUUGGUUUCUCAUGGCUGGAGAAUCCAUUAGCUUUAAGGCAGAAUCUUUACAUUCUGGUUCCAUAUCAUUUGGAAGAUUUGAAGGUGAAUCCUUAGCAUGGGAAAGGAGAUCCUCCUUCUCACAUAAUAGAUACCUUGAAGAGGUCGAGAAAUGCUCAAAAGCUGGUUCUGUCACUCAGAAGAAAGCCUAUUUUGAAGCACAUUUUAAGAAGAAGGGUCUUCUGCUGCAGACUUCAUCUGUAUCCCAAAAUGGAAUGGAACAUCAAACUAAUGAAAAUGAUAUCCUGGACCACAUGAGUUACAUGGAAGAAUUAGAGCAGGGUAAUGAAGGAAGCCAUUUUGCUAAUUAUGAUGAAAUCUCACAUAAUUCAGAUCAGCAUGGAAAAUAUGAUAUUAUGGGUUGUGAAAUGGAGGUUGAGGACUUUUCACCUAAAUUUGACAUGGAACCCCCUCUCACUAAUUCCCAUGCAGUGUUGGAUGAUGAUGACCAACUCAUAGAACUUGAUAUAACACAGCAAAAUCAAUCUCUUAGUAAUGCUGAUGAACUGUUGGAUGGUGAUCAACAACAACAUGCUGGAACACACCAAAGUGAAUAUGAGCUCACGGUGCUACCUUUGGUUAAGGAUGAACCAGAAAUGGAAGUAAAACAUAAUAUUGCUGAUGAAACAGAAAAUAUGGAUGGAAAAAACACCAAACUAUCCACAAGUAGUUGCAUGGCAGGGAAAGCUGAUACUUCCAGAGUGAAGAAACCACGAAGAACUUCUCCGAAGGUAAAGGCAGUAACAGAAACAAAAUCUGCCAGACCCAAACCAAAGACUCAGAUUCCAAGAAAGAUUUCAAAUGAAUUAUACAAGGAUCCUGCAAAGAGCCCAAGGAGAAUUGAAAGAGAGGCCCCAGUGAAGACUAAAACAGAGAAACGGUCUCCUCAAAAAGUUUCACCAGCUAUUGGUUCUCAAACCAGAAUUACAAAGCGAGAGACUGGUGUCCCCUCACAGUAUCCUGGAAAUUUGAAGGUGAAAUCCAGUCAAGAAAAUAAAAGUGAGAAAGAUACAAGGAUGAAGAAAGCAGGCAGUAAAUCUCAACCUUAUGCAUCAGAGAAGGAUGAAUCCAAAGCACAUCAGACUGCAAACAGAUCCAAGAAAACAGUAAUUUCACCUAAGACAUAUGUAAAGUCUAGUCCUGCAGUCUUCAACUUCAAGUGUGAUGAAAGAGCAGAAAAGAGGAAAGAGUUUUAUAUGAAGUUGGAGGAAAAAAUGCUUGCUAAAGAGGUUGAAAUGAACCAGAUCCAAGCAAGAACACAGGAAGAGACAGAAGCUGAGAUAAAACAAUUUCGAAGAAGCCUCAACUUCAAGGCAACGCCCAUGCCCUCUUUCUAUCAUGAAACACCUCCACUGAGUUCCAAUGCCAAAAAGGGUGUGUCAAAUGAUGUAAAAUCAACUAAACAGCGAGGUGAAUCUACAAGUCCAGCGAGCAGGGCUGCAUCCAGAUCACAAGCAUCUUCUGAGGCAGGAAACCAGAACCUUUCUGCUAGUGAAUCUGCAAACAUAACUGUUGAUCAACAAGUCUCAGAGGAAAUUAACUGUGCUAUAACAGUACCCACUGAAACUGAUGGUGGCUCUCCAAAUUUAUCAACCAAUAGAAGCCAUGCUCCACAAACUGGAAAGAGAAUUGAGGCAGCAGGGAAGAAAGAGAAGGAGAAGAGUAAGCAUCCCAAUAUACAGAAACAACUAGGAUCAGAGACUAGUAAGGUGAAGAAAGAGAGAGUUGAGAGGAAGAGGGUAGAUGGAAAAGUAGGGCAAAGUAGCAAUGAGGUAGCAAGCAAAGAAACAAAAGGAGUUGACAUGGGUAUAGACAUUGGCGGGUCAGGACUGAACAAUCUAGCCGUUGGUGUUGCCUCCUAAUUGCAUCCCCAACUGUCACCAUCUUACUUGCAUUUAUGUUUUACUUCAUUCUUACAUGUAUCCAGUAUGUAACAUACAUGUAGUUGUAGUUGGAAUAGAAAAAACAAUGGUGGCUGUUUCAGGGAAUUCUUGAAAUGGGAAUCUCCCUUGCCACUUCUUUGGCUCCC